AUGACACUCUCAACAAAUCACAAAUUAUGGUUGCAUAAAAGUCUAAAACUUGACUUUUUCGCCACUCUAACCAACGAUUCCACGAAGCUCACAUCAAUAUUGUCAGAUCACAAAUUUUGGUCUGAUACACUAAAGAGCUAUGUGAGCUUAUGUGAUGAGAAAAUGCCACGAAAUCUUCCAUCUCCCUACCAUUUAUGGGCAUUUCAAGUUGACCUAUUAUGUUCAAGCGUUGAUGACACGAUCUUAUGCUGCUCAGAUCUGUGUUCUUGUCAAAGGCAAGUUUUGCUUGCUCUCCAAGACCAGAUCAAGCUUCCAUGUUGUCAAGAAGGCAAUUGA